AUGGCUUCGCAGCAACCAUCGGCAAACUCCACAUCGGCCGGAUUUGCAGUGCCAGGUCCUCGCACAUCACAGAGUCCUAAUCGUCGUCCAGAUGUUGCUUCACCCUGUAAGCCUUGCUUGCCAGUCAAUUCAUCCGGCCAUUCCAUGCAACCACCUCAAAAACCACUUGCAUCAACCUCCACUCCAGCACCCAAUAUACAGGCAUCAUCUAUAGUAUCAACCAAGGAACCCAUGGCAGUUUCUAAAUCUGUGUGUUCUGCAUCAGCUCCUCAACCACCUCCGCUUCCUUACAAAGUGCCUGAAUGGUCCAAAUCACCAUCAGAGGAUUACUUUUUCGAGGUCAUUAAAAAUGGAACCAUUGUCGAACAAACUCAGCUGUUUCGUCAAGAGUAUAUCGUUGUUGGUCGAUUGCCAAUUUGUGAUGUCGGUCUUGAGCAUCAGAGUAUAUCUCGUUACCAUGCAAUCAUUCAAUUCAAGGAAGAUGGGACUGUACAGAUUUAUGAUCUGGGUAGUAGUCAUGGCACAUACCUCAACAAGACACUUCUUCCAAAGCAUGAUUACAGACAGCUUUGUGUUGGAGAUAUGAUUCGAUUUGGGCAGAGCUCUCGUAUCUAUAUUCUUAUGGGACCUAAACCUGUUUACCAGGAAAUCGAGUUUAAAAAAAGUCUAAAACUAAAAAAGCCUGAAGAGGCUGUCAUUGAAGCGAGCAGAGAAGAAGUUACAUGGGGAUUUGCCGAAGAUGCGUAUGAUGGGGACGAACUGGCUGGGCAAGAAGUUGAUAUGUCUGCAGUGGAUCGAUCAACAAUUGAUCCCAAUGCAUUUUAUUAUUCAGAUCCACGGAAAGCAUUACGAGUAUGGUUUGAUUCGCGUGGUGCUGACUUGGAAUACCAGCAUGAGGAAGAGGGACAUGGUGUGACUCGUGGAUACGUUGCACGUAUUGAGUUGCCUGUAGAAACCGGAUUUGGAAAAUUGAUUGGUGUAGGUCAUGGCAGCAAGAAAAGGUCUGCUGAGCAUGAUGCUGCCCUGGAAGCAUGCUUUAGGUUGGACAAGUAUGGUUUGCUGCGCGGCAGUGGUGCAGAAACCAAUCAGAGGCUAAAGAAUCGUAGAAAGGAACUUUAUGGGGAUGACGAUGAUGCUGACGAUUCCUUUUACGAUCGAACAUCCAAAGCCGGCCAUUCAAAAACAAAACAAGCUGAGCAUCAAGAAAAAGUAGAGACCUUUGAGAGUCUACAGGAAAAGCGUCUUGAUACGCUGAAAGAGAUGGAUAGACUACAAAAGCUUAUUGAAAAAGCAGAUCAAGCGGCGAGUCAAAAUACGGAAGAGGUUGAUGAGCUCGAUCAAUUCAUGUCGAGCGUUAAUAGCAGCAUCCAAGCCGAAUCAUUGUUGGCAGACAAAAAACUACUCGAGGAAUGCAAGACUGAGAUUACACGAUUGGAUAAGUUGAUUAAAUUGGUUGAGCCUAGUCAUAUAAGUCAAGCGCAGCAGCUAGCUGUGCCUACUGAAUCGAUUUUUGCAAAAAAACCAUCCACUUCUCCCUUCAAGACUGCUUCUGCUUUGUCUAGCCAGUCAUUACCAUCUAAACUACUGGAAAAGUCAUAUCCAUCUAACGGUGCAAGUAUUCGACCGUAUCAGUCGUCCAUCAGUGCGUGUGUUAGCCAGUUGGGGCUUGUUAGCCCUCAAAAUACAGUCACUUCAAAGUCUGAUGGUUUGUCCCGCUCUACGUCACCGGGUCUGACAGUAUCACGAUCAUCUACCAAGCAUUCAUUUCCUGACUCGGAAACAGCGGUGUCGGUCGCUGAAUCUGACAAAUCUGACAAGGAUUCGGCAGCCCACACAUCUAUUGCAUCCAACGACUUUAAACGGAGAAAGUUUCUUGUACCCACACAGCAGCAAAUGAAGCAGCAUGACAUUGAGACUGAGGAUGUGGUAGAUUCUAUUAUUGGACAAUCAGUAGAUGCGUCCGAUGUCGCACAGAUGAAUGCUGCAUAUGGCUAUUAAAACAGUAUCCACAUAAUGGAGCAUUUGUAUCUAUCUUGCAUUAAUUUCCCUUAUUUUGUUUUGGAAUAAAUAAUGAUCAAAUGUUUA